AUGGCGACGACGAAGCGGCUGUACGUGUUCGCGACGUUCUGGCUGGCGUGCGCCGCCACGGCGCUGGUGGUGGCCGCCUUCUCCACAGGCGCAUGGCUCACGGCGGAGCUGCUGCCGCCGGACGCACAGUUCGGCCUGCAGGGAGACAUCAACUACGGCCUCUACACCGGCUCCUUCCGCAGGCGCGCCCAGGGCGACCUCGGCGGCACCACCGCCCAGUCCACCAUAUACAUCACGUGCGUGGUGGAGCAGAAUGCGUGUGCCUGGAGCUGCAAGGAGACGGAAGAGGAGCGCCAGGAGGAGAUACUGUGGCUGCUGGCCAACCGGUCCCUCAUCUCCAGUUGGUGCCCCACCAUCACUGAAAGGAGCCGCACCAUCAGAGCCACAGAAGAGGAUCCACCACGGCUAGAAGAAGAUGACUCUACAAAUACAACCACAUCUUCUUCAUCUACUAGUGACUUCCCUUUCAUCAACAUGGGCCUGUGGGUGAGCACGCAGCUCUUCUUGAGUAUCUCACUACUGCUGUCUGCUGCGUCUGCAGUGCUGGGACUCAUCAAUACGACGGCCAACCCCACGCUGCCCGCCCUCGCCGUCUCGGGGCUCUUCUACUGGAACGCUGGUGCAGCUGUUGCUGAUCUUCUCAUCCUGAUUCUCUGGGGUGUUCAGUACGCAGCUACACUGGCAGACAAUGUAGCAUUUGCACAGGUCAUUGCUGGCCAAUAUUUAUCAGAUGGGCAUGCAGCACUUGGAUACUCCUAUUGGCUGGUGCUUGUGGCCAUGUUCAUAAGCAUUUCUAGCAUAGCUGUGCUGGGCUUCCGAGAGUACUUGCUACGCAUUGAGCCUCCACCUCCAACAAUUAAUCCAGAUGAUCAAAACACAGAUGGUGCUAUAUUUCUGUAUUAA